AUGACCUGUUCCUAUACGGGAAAAGAUCAUCAGGGUGCUGAUGACCUGUUCCUAUACGGAAAAGGUUAUCAGGGUGCUGAUGACCUGUUCCUAUACGGAAAAGGUUACCAGGGUGCUGAUGACCUGUUCCUAUACGGAAAAGGUUACCAGGGUGCUGAUGACCUGUUCCUAUACGGAAAAGGUUAUCAGGGUGCUGAUGACCUGUUCCUAUACGGAAAAGGUUAUCAGGGUGCUGAUGACCUGUUCCUAUACGGAAAAGGUCAUCAGGGCACUGAUGAAGUUUUCCUAUACGGAAAAGGUCAUCAGGGUGCUGAUGACGUUUUCCUAUACGGAAAAGGUCAUCAGGUUGCUGAUGACCUGUUGCUAUACGGAAAAGGUCAUCAGGUUGCUGAUGACCUGUUCCUAUACGGAAAAGGUCAUCAGGUUGCUGAUGACCUGUUCCUAUACGGAAAAGGUCAUCAGGUUGCUGAUGACCUGUUCCUAUACGCUGAUGACCUGUUCCUAUACGGAAAAGGUCAUCAGGUUGCUGAUGAUGUUUUCCUAUACGGGAAAAGGUCAUCAGGGUGCUGA